AUGGUGAAGUUUACGGGUUAUUUUCACAACAAUCUUGAGUUCGGACAUGUCGUUAUCUUAGGCGGAAAAAUUAGGGAAACUGCCGGGAAUUUCACGCUCAAUUUACUCAGUGAAGACGAUUCACUCGACGUCCCACGGAACAUUCCCUUCCACAUGAAUGUUGUUUUCGGUGAGAAUGGACAAAUCAUUCGAAAUACUAAAAUUCAUGGCGAGUUUGGAGCUGCUGAAAAUGCAAGCGGAAUGUUCACGAACCUUGUGCACGAUGUUGAGAAAGUCACGCAAUUUGAUCAUCGAAAAGUUUUUCCAUUUUCUUAUCCAGUUUAUCAAACACGUUUGUUGCCAAAUCUGCGAUUCUCGAAUGAUGUUCCAACGCCAUUUUGUCAGGGAAAUGUCAUUGUUUUAAAAGGAAGCGCUGGUGGGAAUCCGAACGGAUCAUUCACAUUGAAAUUUCUUGUUGGAAAGACAGAAAUGCAAAGUUUUCACAUGGAUGUGAGAUUUUCUGUGAAGAAAGUUUUCCGAACCAAUUCAGUUAACGAUAAUGUUGUAUUAAAUUUAGCUGAUGCAGAGACUUACGGAGGAUUUCCAUUUGAAUUUGAAAAGAUAUUCAAGAUCGCUUUAGGUUUCGAGUCGAAUGGCAUUCGAGUAUCUGUAAAUGGAAGUUUUUUCUGUGAAUAUCCUUACACAACUCGUCUGACGUCUUAUUCAGGUCUUAAGAUACGCGAGAAAAACGAUUUGGUCUUACAUAUUUUGGAGAUUCAACACUUUACAGUUGAUAAGGACUUACGCAACAUGGAUUUGUUGUCAAGGUUACAAAAGAGAUAA